AUGGCAUUCACCACCUGGGAAAACUCCUUCCCCAGGGGAAGGGAGCCCCUGGCACGAAAUCCUGGACAACUCUUCGCAAGGGUUCCCUUGCAAAGAGGGAAGGAGCUGAGAGACCUCAGGGAGAAAGGUUUGCGGCCACACGUUUUCCAGCACUGCCAGUAUGACAUCGGCACCAAAUUCCCCCACACUUUUCCCAGUGUGCUCGACGUGGCCGCUGAGCCCAUGCUGGCUUCGACGUGAACAGGGUAUUACGGGACCAUCUCCGUCGGCGCUCCACCCUCCGUGGUGUUCGACACCGGCUCCUCCAACCUCUGGGUCCCUUCGGUCUACUGCAGCAGGCCCGCUUGCCAAAAACACCAGAAGUUUAACUUGUCGCAGUCUUCCACCUACCAGAGCACAAGCCAGAGCCUAUCCAUCCUGUACGGCACCAGCAGCAUGGAGGGUGUUGUGGGCUCCGACACCGUCACCGUGGACUCCCUGGUGGACACCAACCAGCUCUUCGGCUUGAGCACCACCAAGCCAGGUGAAUUCUUCAUCUACGUCAAAUUUGACGGGAUCUUGGGCUUGGGCUACCCAAGCCUGGCUGCUGACGGGAUCACGCCGGUCUUCGAUAGCGUGGUGAAAGAGGGCUUGGUGGAGCAGAACCUCUUUUUCGUCUGUCUGUCCCAGUAA